AUGACAGAACUUCCUGCAGUCUUCAGUGCCAUGGGAACAGGGGAGGCAGCUUCACUGAGUGGCUUUGGGAAGCCAGGUACCUGCCAGCAUAAGGGAAUACAGAGCAUUAAAGGACCUGUUCUUGUGAAAUUGAACUGGAAAGGUAAAGAUUUCAAAGCUGGCUCCUGGGGGAAAGAUUUUGCCUUGGGGACCAAAUUACAAGACCAUUACUGGGUUUUCCCAGCCAACAAAGAUCACCGUACACUGGAGACGUUCCGCCUUUAUGCCUCCUACAGAAAAAUGAUGCUUUAUUUUCCCAUUAAAGAAUUUAGUCUUAAAGGAAAGAAUGAUCAAUGUGAGAACUGUGGGCAAGGGGCUGGGGUGAUCUUCUACAAUGGUUCCUUCUUUUACAAUUGCUAUGAUAGCAGAGCCCUGUGCAAAAUGGAUCCAAAUGCCAUGCAACUGUUGCACAAGGAUUUAGAAGACAAUGAUCCUGCUUCCUUUAAUAACAUGUUCUCCUAUAAGGGUGUCAAAUACCAGGACAUGGACAUGGCAGGGGAUGAAAAGGGCCUGUGGAUGAUUUAUGGCUCUUCAAAGGCCAAUGGAAACAUGGUAAUUCAGCAGGUAGACCCAAACAACUUGAAAGUGGGAAGACUUUGGACUACAACACAGCCAAAGACAGAAGUCACCAACAGUUUCAUGAUCUGUGGAGUGUUGUAUGCCACCCAAAGAGUGAAUGCAACGCAUGAAGAGAUAUUUUACUAUUAUGACACUAACACAGCCCAGGAAGGCAAUAUACAUAUCUUCAUGGAGAAAGCUCUACCCACUGUGCAGAGCCUGAAUUACAAUCCCAAUGAUGAGAACCUAUAUAUGUUCAACGAUGCCUACUUGGUAUACUACAAUGUCACAUUCAAGGAUCACAUUUCUGUAAUAAGCAGAGGAGGACAGGUUGAGGCUACUGGAAAAGGGCAGCGUUCUGACAGUGCAGGUGGGCACAAUGUUAUAAAACGACAAGUACAGGCUGAUGCUAGCAAGCAAGAUCAGAUUUCAGAUUUGGCUAGCAAAGGAAGGAGCAAUGCCAGCCAUAAGGAAAGGUAUGCUGUUGUUCACAGAGAUACCAUGCAGGACAGAUAA